GCGACAGAACAGAGAGAGAGACACAGGACAAAGAGAGAGAGACAGGACAAAGAGAGAGACACUAAACCGAAACAUUUAAAGACAGCAAGAAAGAGAUAAAGAGACAGGAAGAGAGAGAGACAGCUGAAUAACAUGAGUUCACAUCAAACUGUCUCUCUGCUCGCCUGAUUCUCAACCAGCUGUCUGUGUGUGUGUGUGUGUGUGUCCACCUGCAGACAUGUCCUCCCGGGCUGACAGUAAGACAGCCUCUCAGUUUGCGUCUCUGACCCUGAAGCUGAAGGACAAACUCCACUCGCAGAAGACGAGACGCUUUGAUCGAAUCAAACACACCCAGUCACAGAGGCUCAAACCACCCGACCUGAACCUGCAGGAGGACAAGUCGGUGUGUGUGUUAGCAGAACAGCAGCGGGCUGUCGUCAGCUCUCUGCAGUACUUCAAAGCUCUGGUGGAUCGGCUCGGUCUGGACCGACCCGGCGUGGACAAACCGGUGCUGAACCAGUCUGUGGUGGGCGGGCUGCUGGGCGGGGCCUCCAGCGGCAUCCUGGAGGCGGUCCAGACUCUGGUCCAGCUGGAGCCUCACCUGCACAGCAGUAAGACCAUCACUUCCUGUCUCACCCGUCUCUACCAGUCUGUGGCUCAGCUGAUUCAAUGGGUCGAUCAGGUGAUGCUGCAAGGCGUCACCCAUGACGACAAAGUGUCCACAGCCAGCGUUACCACGGUGAUCAGGGCAGUGCUGGACGGGGUCAAGGAACUGGUCCGAUUGGCUGCAGAGAGACAAAAUAGCCCUGCCCCCGUGUCUCCUGUCCAAUCACAGCCUACCGUGGGACAGUCAGGAGGACCUGACAACCAGGACAGAACCUGUCGGAGAUCAGGAGCCUCUGCAGAGGAGGAGGUGAAGGAGGUGAAGGAUGUGAAGGUGGAGACAGUUUCAGCUCCUCCUAAACCUCCAAUGCCGUUCACAGAGCCCCUCCCACAGCUGUCCUCUCCAGGUGGGCUGAGUCCUCCAGCUCUGCCGCCUAAAAAACGUAACUCAUCGUCAGGCCCCGCCCCCUGCAGGGUUGCCAUAGUAGCGCCAAUGAAACGAGAGCCUGAUGCUGACGGACAGGUGGAACAGGACGAUGACUGGUCGAAGCGCUUCUCGUCUUCUUCUGCAGAGUCUGAGAGCACACACUGUGAGGACGAUCCAGACUACGACUUCCUCCAUACCGACCUGUCCUCCUCUGAGACUCUUCCUCCUCUUCCUCCUCACUCCUCCUCACUGCCGCCCACCCUGCCGGAGAAGAGGCGCCGCAGCGCGACAGGAGUAACAAACUCUGAGGCCUCCCCUUCAUUUGGAUUUGACUCCACCCUUCAGGGAGAGAGCUCCACCCACUGUGAUGAUGUCACUGGCCUUGACCAAUCACUGUCUCCAUUGUCACCGAGCAAGACACCCCCUCCCCUCCCCGAGAAGAAACGACACAUCCAUCAGUACCUUCAGUUCUGCUCGUCGUACAGCGCUCCCUCGGCAGCCAUGUUCUACUCACGACCUUUGACCUCCAGUCAGCGCCACAGCAGCAGGCAGCGGCAGGUUGAGACCACGUACCAGCUCAAACACACUCACCUGGAAACAUACCUGGACUCAGACCUGGACCCGCCCUCUUCACCUGAGCUGCUUCCUGUUCCAGUUCUACCACCAAAGAAGAGACAACAGGAUCCAGGUGAACCCGACAGUCAGUCUGAAGAGAACCAUCCAACAGACAGGUCUCAGGAUCUCCAGCAGGAGGCAGACCAGGACCAGGACCAUGUGGAGCAGCAAGAGCAGCAGGUGGAGCAUGAGGAGCAAGAGGAGGUGUUACUGACCUACCAGCAGGAGAUCCUCCACAGAAUCACAAUGAAAACUGAGGAGGAGGACGGUCCGGACGUGAAAGCAGCGUCUCCUGAGAUCUUAUUGGUCUACGCCACAGAGAGCGACAGCGAACAGGGUCUGUACCGUGAAGCCUUCCUCUCGACCUACAGGACCUUCAUCAGCCCCAAUGAUGUCAUCAGUAAACUCCAGCACAGGUACAGACACCUGUGUGAAGGGCAUGACCCUGCACACCUCACAGCUGCCAAGAAGACAUUUCACCUGUUGGUCACGGUGGUAGAUGAGCUAUGUGCGAUUGAGCUGGACUCUGAUUUGCUGCUGCUGCUGAUGGACCUGGUGUUCAGCCUUCUGAUUGGUGGAGAGCUCGGACCGGCCCACCAGUUGCGCUCAAACAUCCUGUCCAAGAUGGAGCAAAGGUGGAAGCUGGUUGUCUCUCCUCAGUCACUCCGCCCCCUCGCAGCCAGGGGUGUGGCUGCCAGACCUGGAACUCUGCUAGACUUCAGAAGCCAGGACUUAGCAGAACAACUGACCCUACUGGACUCUGAGCUCUUCUACAAGAUUGAGCUUCCAGAGGUCUUGCUGUGGUCUAAAGAGCAGAAUGAGGAAAAGAGUCCAAACCUGACUCAGUUCACUCAGCACUUCAACAACGUCUCUUUCUGGGUUCGCUCUGUCAUCAUUCUUCAGGAUAAACCUCAGGACAGAGAGAAACUACUGCUCAAGUUCCUGAAGACCAUGAAGCACCUGCGGAAGCUGAACAACUUUAACUCGUACCUGUCCAUCCUGUCAGCGCUGGACUCUGCCCCCCUGCGACGCCUCGACUGGCAGAGAAGCACCUCUGAGGCUCUGGAGGAGUACAGCUCUUUGAUUGACAGCUCAUCGUCUUUCAGAGCUUACAGAGCAGCUCUGGCUGAAGUGGAACCUCCCUGUAUACCCUACCUGGGUUUGAUCCUUCAGGACCUGACCUUCGUCCACCUGGGGAAUCCUGACACGUUGAUGACAUCACAAGGUUCAAAAGUCAACUUCUCUAAACGCUGGCAGCAGUUCAACAUCCUGGACACACUGAGGAGCUACCAGCAAGUUCAUUACUCUCUGCAGCCUAAUGAUGACAUCACUUCCUUCUUUAAUGACUUCAGCGAUCACCUGGCAGAGGAGGCGCUGUGGGAACUCUCUCUCAGGCUCCGCCCACGAAAUGCCCCACGAGCCAUUCAGAGAUGAUGGGCCGAACCAGGCCAAACCAGGCCAGAACUAAGUGAACCUGUGCUAGUUCAAUGCUAACAGGUUGAACUGGGCUACACUGGUGCUAAUGAGUUAGAGGUAGCUCACACACUGGGCUAAACACAGCUAAUAGUGUGCUAACAUGCUCAUCUGGACUGUUCCUAUGUUCCAUUUUGUACAGAGGUUAGCCUUGGGCUAGCGGAGGCUAGCUGAGGUUAGCCAGGUGUGUGUGUAGUCCAGGUGUGUGUGUAGUCCAGGUGUGUAUGUCCCAACACUGUUCCAAUAAACAUCAGUGCUCAGUGCUUUGUU